GCCCUCUCCUAACCCUCAGAGUCGGCUCCAGUCAGGCCCCUCUCUUGCCUUCUCUGCCACUCCUCUGCCCAUCCAUGGCCCUUCACACACCCAGGUCAGAGCACACAUCAGUCUGGCCAUGGCCGUAAUUAGCAGAGGAUAUCAUAGGCCAGUGACUUUCUGGUCCUGAAUUCAAGACCAGGUCAAAAUCCACACUGAUUUCUGGAUUGUUUGAUUGAAGGAUGAAAAUGCCCAGAAGCUUCAUCCAAAUCUCGGACACCCUGCACAUGUCCAAGAAAUGGAGUCUCUAUGUCAGGGGGAAGAGGAAAGGCAGGAAGAUUUGGACACCGUGAUCACAACAGCCAGGGAGAAGCUGGAGGUCAGUGGCGCCAUUGACCCCCACGUGCAGGUGCUGAGGGCUGCACUGCCCGCCAGGGAGAUGCCCCCAUUGACAGCCCACCAGCAGCGCUGAGCACGCCCUCUGCCGGCACCCUGCCCAAAGCAGGGCAGGAAAGCAGGCAGGCUUUAUAGUGGAGAUGGUCAUUAUUGGCUGUCUUAACUUGCAGUUUUUCAUUUCUAAAUGAAUUGAUUACAGAAUUACUAAUGAGAGCUUUUUUUUUUAAGAUCCACAGUGGUUUUAUUUCCUCUUGAGUGAGUUGUCUAGGUGCAUCCCUUGGCCAUUUCUGAAUCAUUUCCUUCAGGCCAAGUUACCUCUUGGGAGAGGCCUCCGGCCGAGCACCAGAUGCCAGUUAACUGGGACACACUUGGCACACGGCUUUGGUCCUCUCUCCCCCGCUGGCUCCGCAGAUCCUCCCUCAGCCUGCCUUCGGAGGCCGCUUCCUCCCCUUCCAGCACCAGGCUCCUCCUGUUUCCUCCAGGAGUUCACCAGGAAGUCCAGCCAGUUUUUCAUAGCCAGCCUGGCCACCUUCACCGAGAAGUUCCUGCUGCAGUUGGAUGAAGUGCUGACCAUCGACGAUGUCCAGGCUGCAAGGAUGGAGCCCCCCAGACAGAAAACGUCAAUCCUCAUCCGGAGGAAAAUCUCCGGGCUCUCCCCGGAGGAAGAGAGUGAGACGCCCCUGAUUGAACGGGGGAGCAGGAAGUGGCCUGGAGUCAAACCCACCAAAGUCACCAUCCAAAACAAGCUUCUCCUCCAGGAAACGUCAUCGGUCACCACCAUCAGAACCACCCUGGGCCACCAGGCGGCCGUGGAAGCCCGAGACGCUAUCUACCUGAAAUAUUUAGCGUUAUUUGAAGAGGAGCUGAAGAAGAUCCAGGAUGACCACACGUCGCAGGUGAAGGAGGCUCAGCGCUGGAAGGACAGCUGGAAGAGCUCUGUGUGCACUGUCCAGGGCCUGUACUCGUGACACCCUCCACUCACCCCAAUA